AUGGUUGAAGGCCAGCUUCUAUGUAAUGAAUCAGCAGGGCUGCAUGGACAGACUGUGACCUCUUAUGCAUUGAAUGUUUUUGCUGUUACUUUGUCACUUCUGAUAAUAUGUGGGAAUCUUCUUGUAAUUGUUUCUGUCAUUUACUUCAAGCAGCUCCACACUCCAUCAAACUUCCUCAUCCUCUCUCUGGCUGUGGCUGACCUGCUAGUUGGGGCUUUAGUUUUGCCUUUCAGCACAAUAUUGUCUAUGAGGUCGUGCUUGUAUUCAAGUUAUUUACUCUGUAAAAUGCGAGGUCUCUUUGAUAUGUUACUGUGUGCGUCAUCCAUUUUAAACUUGUGCUGCAUAUCUAUUGACAGAUAUUAUGCAGUGUGUAAUCCUCUAACUUAUUCAAGUAAAAUGAAUGUUCGUGUUACUCUGACUAUGAUCCUGAUAAGCUGGACUCUUUCAGCUCUACUUUCAAUUAGUAUCACAGUUCGUAGGAAAGGUGAAGAAACUCUUAGCUGGAGGUGCAAGAUAUUUAUAGCAACAAAUGAAUCAAGCCCUGGACCAAUUUUUGCAUUUUAUAUUCCAACUAUUAUAAUUUUAACAAUCUAUCUUAAGAUUUUGAUGGUGGCAAAAAGGCAGGCAAGGCGCAUCCAGAACACCAUAAAAUCUGAAGCAGCUCUCAGCAAGAUGGAGAAAAAGGCCAACACAACUCUAGCUAUAGUGCUGGGAGUCUUCCUGAUGUGUUGGGCUCCCUACUUUUUAUCUAUAGGUUUGUACAGUAUGGGGAAAUUCACUAUACCACAUUUAGUGAUUGAAGCAUUUAAAUGGCUUGGGUGGUCUAAUUCUGUGUUAAAUCCAUUGGUAUAUGCUUUCUUCUACAGGUGGUUCAGACGGGCUUUCAAAAUGAUUAUUUCUGGUAAAAUAUUUCAAGCAAAUUUUUCUAGUACAAAGUUGCUAUUGUCCCAUGCGGAGCGAAACUACGAUGUGGGAGACUGUGAACUCCUAGCCAUUAAGCUGGCCUUGGAGGAGUGGCGCCACUGGCUGGAGGGUGUAGUUCACCCGGUGCUGACGGCCCAGCUGCUGGUCAAGCAUGUCUUUCCUCUGCACAGCAUUCCUCAAGAAAUCCUCUCAGAUCGUGGCCCACAGUUCACUUCACAACUUUCUCCAUCCUCUCCAGACAGGCUGGCCCCGCUCAUUGACUGCCACCAGGACCAGCUCUCGGUCCAGGAGGAGGUGCCAAAAUCCCUGGAUGCAAGCAGCAAAUCAUCCUUUGUAAACAACCAGGUUGCCAGCUUAGAUGAGCCCAAAGAACCUCUGAGGCCCUCGUCAGAGCCCAACAUGGGCACCUCUGGAACACAGCUAUCCAGGACGAAGAACGUCAAAUCAGAUGCACUUUCCAGGAUUCAUAAAAAGUAUGAUUCUGUGACCAGUGGUGCGGAAGAAUUCAUCCUCCAGGAUUCUGUUAGACUCUAUGUUACCAUGCUGGAUCUGGAGAGAGAGAUCAGGGACGCCACCCAGAACCAUCCUCCACCAGAUUCAUGCCCAGGAGAUUGUCUGUUUGUACCGAAUCAUCUGAUCCAAAAGGUUCUCGAAGAUUGUCCACCUGGUCCCUCCUCAAAAGCUCCCCUCAGCGAUAGAGAUGGGGGAGAUAUUGGCCUGGCAAAUCAAGAGGUAGAGACCAAGCUCCGCGUCCUCUGUGACACCGAUCCCACCAAGUGGUCGCACAACCUACUGUGGGUGGAGCACGCCAUCGAUUCGGUUACAUCAAGCACCACUGGUCUGUCCGCCUUCUACAUAUCCAUGGAUUCCAGCCACUGGUGUUCACCCUCCAAGAAAGGGAGGCCAAGAUCCCGUCUGCUCAUGCUGCUGCCAUGA